AUGGCCUCAGGUUAUCAACAGACAAGGAACAACUAUCAAACCAGCAGUCAGGUUCCUCUAGUAAACCCACUGCAGUACACAUCAGCACAUCCUUCAGCUACUCCCACUCCGAGAUUUAGCUCCACAACCAAUUACAGGCCUAUGAGCAUUCAGGCUGCUCCCCCUCAGCAACCAAUACAGCAAGCACCUCUUCCGCAGGCUCCUCGUGCCCUCCAAGCAACCUCUCCAAAUCCUGGGCCACCCUAUCAGAGUUUCAGCUCGGAUACAGCCUAUCAUGGUCCUCGUUCAACCAUCCCUAACCAAUUUCACAGAGACCCUGGUGAGUUUGCACACCUGAAGAUGGCUCUGGAGAACUUACUACCACCUGACAGUCCAGAGGUUUUCAAAUAUCAAGUUUUAGUGGACUGUCUAAAGUUGGAGGAUGCCAGAUUGUCUACUUUAAAUCUGACAACAAAAUCUGUGUGUAAAUACAAUCUAACUACUACAACAUAUUUCCAGGACCUCAGGAAUCAGACAAUCAAAGCAGCCAAUGAUAAGUCCAUUAAGGUCUUCAAGGUCUUCACAGAAGUUCUUGGAUAUCUGAAGAAUGACGCUCUGGAAACCAUCAAAGCCCAGGCCAAAGAGGGCGAGUUUAAGGCCUCUGACUUCACCUGGGUCCUAACUGUUCCUACCAACUGGGGUCAUCCAGCUAAACUGUUUAUGAGAGAUUCUGCAACCAAGGCUGGUCUUGUAACAAAAGGAACAAAAGGCAAACUGAUGUUUGUUUUGGAGUCAGAAGCAGCUUUGACCUGGAGUUUGAAGCUUCAACCUGAUGGUUUCAUCACACAGAACCACAGCAGAAACUCACAGGAUCAGCCUGCAGGAGCAGCAGAACCUGAUACCAGCUGUAACGGCCCACCAAGAAGUCAGGUGGCAGUAGAUAUUGAGAUGAAACAAGAAGAAACCAUAGACCUGCUUAACCACCAAGACAGAAACGGAGAAGUAUAUGUUGUUGUCGACUGUGGAGAUGAAACAAUUGACUUCACUGUUCACAAAGUUCUGGAGGGAGGAUCCCUGAAGAAGCUUUUUGAGGCCCCUAAGAACCACCUGGGAGGACAAACUGUGGACAGAAAAUUUAAAUUGUUUCUUAAAGAAAUUUUCUCUAAUGGAGUCUGGGAUGAAUAUGAACAAGGUUUCCCCAGCGAGGUUCAGAAAAUGAUGUAUGAUUUUAUUUCUCUGAAACAUUUAGAUAAAGAUAUUCAGAUCCGUUGCCCAUUUAACCUGGGGAUGUUGGCUGAGAAACAGAAAGAUAUUGAAACUUUCUUUGAUUCAGUGGAAGGAGCUUCCUGGGAUGAUGGAUCUAUCAGAAUCUCCAGAGAGAAACUGAGAUCUUUCUAUGAUGAGAGUCUGCAGGGAAUCACUGAGAGUCUCAGAGAAAUAGUAAAAAAACCCAAAAAUCUCAACAUUGGGUUUAUUGUGUUAGUGGGAGGAUUGGCUGAGAGCCAGAUUCUACGUCAGCACAUCACUGAUCAGUUUGGACGUCAGUAUAAAGUCCUGUGUCCUCUUAGACCCCAGGAAGCGAUUCUGAAAGGAGCCGUAGAGCUGGGGAGAAACCCAGAGAUGGUGGAGCCUCAGAGGAAACGUCCAGCUUGGUUCAAUUUCUUUUGUGAAAAAUUUAAAGAGUGAAAAAUUAUUUUCUUACUCUACUUUCACCAUAUUUUCUGGUAACCGUCUUCAGCAUUUGGGAAAACAGCAGAAGGUUUUUUUUGGUCAGCCUCUUCAUUAACACACUUAACACAGAUGCAUGUGUCAUUGGAUUUGAUCAAAUUAAGGAAAUAAGAGGCAUUUUGUCAGAAUUAACAACCAUCUGCUGCUGAAAAUUGUUCAAACAAUACAAUCUGUACAGUUACUGUUUUCUGCUGGAGAACUAUUGCAUAUAAUUAAGACUUAGAUUUAUGUUAAAAGUAGCUACAGCCUCAUAAAACUUUCAGUUGAUUUAUGUAUCACUCUUUAGUGGCUAAACCGUUUGUAUGUCUGGGCAUAACUGAUGCUUGAACUUCUUUUUAAACUUGAUGUGACAUGUUAAGAUUGGAUUUAUGUUAAUUUGAC